AUGGCUAUGAACGAGUCUGAAGCUACCCGCAUCCUUCGGGAUAUGGCACGUGUCCGCGAAGAGACAUGGGGCUUUUUUUUCUACCGCACCUGUUAUUACAACGAUGAUACACGGUGGGGGAAGUUUCUGGCGCGAAUGAAGGAAUUCGCAGAAUCGACUCUACUGAAGCUCCGAUCGUACAAUAAGGACGGCGGUGGGCAAAUCCUCUUGAACAAACUAGAGUGGAAUAUUCAAUCUCAUCCUUCGUUUGACGGCUGUUCAAAAGAGGAGAUCUGGCGACGCCACCGAGAACUUAUGAGGUCUCUUUACGGAGAAUAUGAUGCCACUGUAAUCAAACAUGGACACCCCAUCAUCGUCGACAAAGUGUCGUUAGAUUCUGUCCUAGAAGCUCCGGGACCGACUGAAUGGAGGCCUGUUCACACUCGUGAGUCAACGGCCCAUGUGACUGUGCUUGAUAUGCAAUGGUUCGACCUACGCGAAGCUCCUGAGGAUGAUGAAUAUUUGCCUGAGGACGAAGUCGGGUGGGCCAAGGUUUUGGCAGUCAAGGUACAUCCUAGAUUAUAUUCCAUGCUACAGAGCGGGCUGUGGUCUCAAGUUGUGUAUUGCGUGCCAACAGAGAUAUCUCGUCUGCCCUGA